AUGGACCAUUCCAAGAAGAAACCGUCUUUGCCUCGCUUGACCACCAACAUUCCCCUACUACAGAAACCCCCUAAUGCAUCGUGUAAUGCUGUACCAAACCCUGUCGAUGCCAACGCACCCCCGAUCAUCAUGCCCGAGAGGCCAGCGAGAACUUCAUCAAUGUUCAAGGAGGAAAAACACGAUAAGGAGAACAUCGCGCCUGCCACACGUUUUGCGUCAGAGAGCAUGCCCAUCUAUCUUUCCCAGAAAAGCGUGGACGAUUCGCCGUUAACAAAGGUGAAAAAGUUGUACUACGAAGACGCAUUUACGGCCCGUGGAUCGCACAAUUCCCCCAAAGACCGCGUAACACAUGAAUCGGUUGUUGUCGUUGAGCUCAAGACCAACACUCAAGGAAAGGAUGAUACACCCAAGUUACUGUCGGAUUUCGCCCACUUCCUUGCCCAGGUCUAUCAGCGUCCGGAAACAUCAAUGCUAGUCACCAUCGACCAGAACGCUGACCUGAUUUUCGGAAAUACGUCCGGGUCGGCGUACCUGUUGAAGAUCACGGCUCUCUCGAGUCUGAUCGGACCGCUGACCAACCUCCGCAACACCGGCCUAAUUCAGUCAUCCAUUCAAGAAAUGUUUGGCAUCGCCCCCGACAAAGGGGUGGUGAUCUACACUCCAGCGAGCGAAGACAAUCUUGCAACUAAUGGGAUGACCGCCAGGAGUGAGAUCGACCGCCUCGAACAAAUUGAUUCUAGCAAUAGUCCCUCGAUCCUCAAGUCUAUCUCGCGAUCCAUGAGUCGUCGCAUAAAAUCGAGCAGCGGCAGCAGUGCUCCGAUCUCUCUCACUUCAGUCAUGAGCCCUGACGUCACAAGCCCUACUUCAACUUCGCCCGUUGCCUUUACUUCAGGUCAUGUCUCUCCACCGAAGCCACACCAGACAGACGAAAAAGAGCCGAUGGAGUCACCAAAGAGGGAAUCAAUCAGGCAGGUCUCAUCCAAGGAUGAGAGAUGCGAACAAACCUUGAAGAAAAGAGAGAGCUUGAAAAGUUUUGUUAACCGUCGUUUGGGCGAAUUGGGCGAGCUGACCACAAAGAAGCCCUUCGCAGCCACAAAGGGAAAGAAGGAUUGA